AUGCCUUCAGAUACAUCCUCAAUCUCUCUAAACCCAAGGAGAAAAGCUAGGAAAUCGCUAUAUACAGAAGAAGUGCCGUCAACUUCUAAUCAACGACAUUUAGCAAUAAACAAUCGACAUACACAAUUAGCAAAUGAGCGUGAUACCCUAGACGAAGCUUUUUUUGCAGUCUAUAUUGACGAUACAAGAUUUGAUGCAAGUCCAGGAAGAUAUUCUUUGAAUUCUGAAUAUGACAAUAAUGAUGAUGAUGAUGGUUCUAUGAGUAUAACAGAUGAAGGUAAUACGACAAAUUCAAUACGACAAGCCCAACGGGACAAUGAUAUGCACAGCUCAAUGAACUCUUCAACAAGUUCCCAAGCUACUCAAGAAACAAAUGUUUUAGAAAGAGAAAUAAUAAACUCAGACGUACUAUUAAAAGAUAGUAGUACAAGAACAGUUUCAACAUCGAAAUUGGUAAGCUCUACAAUAGAAUCAGGUACCGACGAAUUACUCUCGACGAGAGAUCUUACUAAUUUCAUUCCAGGAGGAUUCACAUCAAGUCUCAUGGAAAGUGAAACACACAGGUUACUUAGGUCGAAAGUUUCAUCUGAAGGUUCAAGCAUGUACUAUUCUGAUUUAGGCAAGGAAAGGACACAUUCAACGUUAUUUCAAUACGAUGAUACUAUUGAGCCAGACGUUAGGGAAGCUGUGAAAUUACUUAAAAACGAUAUGACUUCAAAGGAGAAAAACCUUAGAUAUAUCACUGAUGCAGGAACCGAUAUUGGAGGAUUUAAGCCACAUGGAUACAACAUACUAAGAAAAGUGUCCAGUGAAUCUAAUAAAUCAGGGGGAUCAUCCGUUAGCAAGGGCUCUAUAAGUCCUAACAGCCCCUCCUUGAUUAGCAAUUUGUUUGUUUCUACGCCCAAGACUAAUAAAUAUGGAGCUUUACAGAGAGACGCCUCUAGAGUUCAAGAUCAAGAUAACAUACCCAAAAUCCCAGUUUUGAUAAAAGUUUCUGGGUCUCAUAGUUGGAAAGAGAAACAUAACGAUGUAUUUCCUAUUGAGCCAGAAACACCAGAAGAAGACAAGCGCAUCUCGCCAUCGAAACCUAGGAAAUCUUAUGGUAGCUUCAAAAGAUUUUCUAAAUUUAUUACUCAAGCAAAUAUUCCAUCUGAUAAUGUUUCAGAUGCAAAUAGGGGAAGCAUACAGCAUGAUCUCGAUUUAGAAAGGAAUUCGGAACAUAUACCGAUUCAAAGACUCAAUUCCGAAUCAAUGCAUUCAUUCGAUUCAGGAAAUUAUGCAUUCACUGAAGUGUACUCUGUUUGGAGAAUAGUUUUGACGCUUAUGUGUUGUUUACUUUGUCCACCAUUUUUUUUCAUGAUCGGAAUUGGUGCCAGAGGAGGCGUUAAUGAUUAUAGAUUGUUGAAGUUAAUUUUGAACAAGGAACAUAGGAUCGGUCUGCUAAAAGGUUUCAUAUGGGAUGUUGACGUGAUGUGGUUUAGAGCUUUAUGCUUACUUUUAGGGAUAGGAGAAAUACUUGCCAUUGCGGCUGGUAUUAGUGUUGGUUUUGCAGUUGGUCUAACAAGACAAAGUUCGUUAGUACUCACAUAA